AAAAAGAAUAGUACUUUCUGCGCUCGCCAGGUGGACGAUCUGGACCCUUCGCCAAUAUGGCGGCGCCCAGGUACCAUGUGUUUGUCGGAGCUGAAACUGGUCUUUUAAAAGGCGUCAACACCGAGAAGCGCACAUUCGCGAACCUGAACAGCCUGCAUGAGGUCAGCAAGAGCAAUGAAAUCACGUGUCUUCGCUGGAAAGACGCCUCCGAAUCUGAGAUUUACGCUGGCAUACGAUCACAAACUGUGAAAACGUUCUGCCCAAACAGCGGCAUUUGCAAGGACGUAUUCGAAGUCAAAGGAGGCGAAGGCCCCAUCAAAGGACUCGGGGUUGUCAACUCAAACCUUGUCACCUGCGUGAGUUCAGGACUUCUGAGGGUGUGGGCGCAGGAUGGAAACACCCAGGCAGAGACGGAGGUUGGUGCAGACGUAUUUCGAAUGCGACAGCACCCACGCAAAGAGGGAAUCGUGGCGACGGGAGGCAAGGAAAACGAGCUCAAGUUGUGGGACCUGGAGAACUUGCAGAAACCCGUCUUUACGGCAAAAAAUGUCCGGAAUGAUUUCCUUGAUCUCAGAGUACCAGUAUGGGUUACAGACAUGGACUUUAUGAAUGAUUCCGAGAAAAUUAUUGCCAUUACAGGGCAUCACCAGGUUCGUGUUUACGAUCCCUGUUCCCGGCAGAGGCGACCUGUCAUUGACUUUGAGUUUGACGAGUAUCCCCUGACGUGCUUGUCUCUGACGCCACGACCAGAGCAAGUUGUGGUUGGAAACAGUCACGGCCGCGUCGGUCUGCUGGACAUCCGCCGCAAGGGCAUGGUGCACGUGUACAAGGGAGUGGCCGGCAGCAUCCGCUCCGUCUGCUGCCACCCGACUCUGCCCAUCGUGGCGAGCUGCGGCCUCGACCGCUUCGUCAGAGUUCAUGACCUUCACUCCCGCCUGCUCAUCACCAAGCUGUACCUCAAGUCGAGGCUCAACUGCCUGCUGAUGCGAACAGACUUCACCGUUGAAGACGAGGAAGAGAAUAAAGACGAAGAAGAGGCUGCAGCCGAUGAUGAACUCUGGGAAGAGAUGGAGGAAGUCGAUGAAAUGGCCGACGUUUCGGUGAAGAAGGUCCCCACGAAGAGAAGCCGCGAAGUCACCGUCGCAAAGAGCAAAAAGAGGAGAAAAUCCAUUAAAAAGGAUGGCUAGAGUAUAAGACAAAGGUGCUGGUGUGUU